CAUCAUAUCACUCACUUCCCCUCCACAAAUCAAAUUUAUGAAUUAUCCUCUAUGAUCUAUCCAAUUUCUGUGUUUCAUCCCCAUCCCCACGUUAAACCAAAACCAUUUUUUCUUAAUAACCCUAAAAUCACUCCAAAAAUUGGAAAAGAUUACCCUGCACAAUGAUAAUAAACCUCUCUUCUUCCCCCCCUGCUUCUUCUUCUUCUUCUUCAGCUUCAUGCCUCAGUAGAUUAGCAAGUUCGAAGGCGCCCAUUUCAGAAUUCCCUCUAAGAAGCAAAUCCCAGAUUUCAAAAUCCUCACUUCACUGCUCUUUUUCUUCUUUACGCUUAUUCAAGAAUGGGGGAAGGAGGAAAAGAUUCAAGCUUCAGGCAAUAGGAGGGCUGGAUUUUGGUGGGUUUGAGGGUGCGCAGUCAGUUCUUGAGGCAGCUGGAGUGUUGACCGCUAUCAUCAUAGUCCAUGAAAGCGGUCACUUCUUGGCAGCUUAUCUCCAGGGAAUUCAUGUAAGUAAGUUCGCGGUUGGGUUUGGUCCAAUUUUAGCUAAGUUCAAUUCCAAGAAUGUGGAGUAUUCAAUUAGAGCAUUUCCUUUAGGUGGUUUUGUUGGGUUUCCUGAUAAUGAUCCUGAUAGUGAUAUCCCACCAGACGAUAAGAAUCUGCUAAAAAAUAGGCCUAUUUUUGAUAGAGUGCUUGUUAUUUCAGCUGGAGUGAUUGCUAAUAUAGUGUUUGCUUAUGUUAUAAUCUUCACACAAGUGCUCUCAGUUGGAUUGCCUGUGCAAGAGGCCUUCCCCGGCGUGCUUGUACCAGAUGUUAGGCCAUUUUCUGCUGCUAGCCGAGAUGGCAUAAUCCCUGGGGAUGUUAUUCUAGGUGUUAAUGGAAUUGAACUUGGGAAAACUGGGCCUAAUUUAGUUUCUGAGGUUGUUGAUGUUAUUAAGAACAGCCCGAAAAGAAGUGUGUUGCUUAAGAUAGGGAGGGGAAAACAAAAUGUUGAUGUUUAUGUUACUCCUGAUAUGAAUACAGAUGGUACUGGUCGAAUUGGAGUACAGUUAACCCCGAACUAUAAGCUUUCCAAGGUUAGCCCUAGGAAUAUAUUUGAAGUUUUCAGCUUCUCGGGGCGUGAGUUUUGGGGACUCACAUAUAAUGUGUUGGACAGCUUGAAACAGACGUUUUUAAACUUCUCUCAAACUGCUAGCAAGGUUUCUGGUCCGGUUGCUAUUAUUGCUGUUGGUGCUGAGGUUGCAAAGUCAAAUAUAGAUGGUCUAUACCAAUUUGCUGCGCUUUUGAACCUUAACCUUGCAGUGAUAAACCUUCUUCCUUUGCCUGCUUUGGAUGGGGGUUCAUUGGCUUUGAUUCUCAUAGAAGCAGCUAGGGGUGGGCGGAAGCUUCCUUUAGAAUUAGAGCAGCGGAUUAUGUCAUCUGGAAUCAUGUUUGUCAUAAUUCUUGGACUAUUCCUUCUUGUUCGGGACACACUAAAUCUCGACUUCAUCAAGGAUUUAUUGUAAUGAUUCAGCAAAAUGUUUCCCGGCUAGCUUUGUGCUUG